AUGUAUUAACCCCGUCUAAAAAGUCAGACUUCCGGUUAUUCUUUUUUCGCCGAAAAUCAAAAUUUUGAUAGUUUUUCUUAAGAAAAAUACACAAGAUCAGAUUAAACUGAAUCCUUAACAUUAUACAUUAUAUUGUCGUUGAAUCAUUCUUCCAAGCAUAAUAGGAUAGAAAUUAAAUAAGUAUUCAAACCAAAACAUCGAGGCUUUUCAGAAUUUUGACAGCUUGACCCUUUGUGAGGAUCCUUACCAGCUUACGGCGGAUUUUCUUGUUGUAUCGUUUUUUUCCCAAAAAAAGAAAAUCGAAUUAUACUGAAGCAAAUGUUUACGAUUACAUAAGUUAUGCCCUGAGUUUUGUUCCCUUCAUGUUCUCAUUUUUGACAUAAACAUGUGACUUUAAUUUCAAACUGAAAUUAAACAUCUUCAAGGAAGUGUGCUGUUUUUUGUACUUAUAUAUUGUAAUACUGAAGGUGCUUUUGUAUGGAUAAUAAGAUCAAAUUUAAAGGAGGAGUGAUUUUACUUUGAACUGUUGAAGGCUUUAGUUUAGAACAAAAACAAGGGCGCAAAAACAAUGUGGCAUUUACUGGCAUAAUAUUGAAGGCCAUCUAACUUUACUGUCGGCAGUUCAUUGCUGUAGGUCAGCUUUGAUAAACUGAGAUAUAAAUAUGGGUAAUAAAUACAGUUGUUGCGGCUAUAAAAGCUCUAAAAGGAAGAAUAGGGAGGAGUCGUAUCAACCUGCUAGACAUUCUAGUCAACAAGAAGAGUCUUCUCAUGCAGCUAUUCAGCAGAGUUAUUCCUCUUUACCAGGGGUGCCUCAUAUCAGUGAUCGUGAAAACCUACCUGAAGAUAACAUAGGAGAUCCUUCAAACAAUCCCUUAGAAAAGACCAUGUUUUACAGGCGGUCACAGAUAGAGAUUAACAAAAACAAUAAGAAAAGAAGAAGAAGUCAGUAUGAUGACCAUGUCCAUGUGUUGUCGCAGAUAAAUGGGUGCCCAUAUGGCAAGCUGAAAAAAUACAGCUCUUGUUCGACUAUAUAUAUAGACGAUUCGACGGUCAGUCAACCAAAUCUGAAAAAUACAAUCAAGGCUGUGACAUUAGCCGUCUACUUUCAUAUAAAGAAUCGCGAGAGUAAAUUUAAUGUGAGGACAUUGGAGAUAUUUGACGAGAAACUGCAUCCACUCUCACGGGAACAAGUAUCUGAAGAUUAUGAUAAGAGGGAUCCAGAACACAGGGUUAUUUAUAGAUUUGUGCGAAACUUAUUUAAUGCUGCCCAACUUACGGCGGAAUGUGCAAUAGUUACUUUGGUAUAUUUAGAGAGACUGUUAACAUAUGGAGAGAUAGAUAUAGCUCCAUGUAACUGGAAGAGAAUAGUUCUUGGUGCUAUAUUACUGGCUUCUAAAGUAUGGGAUGACCAGGCCGUGUGGAACGUAGAUUACUGUCAAAUUCUGCGAGACACUGCCGUUGAAGAUAUGAACGAGCUAGAGCGCCAGUUUUUAGAAAUGUUACAGUUUAACAUCAACGUGCCAUCUGGAGUAUACGCCAAGUAUUAUUUUGACCUGAGAGCUUUAGCCGGGGAUAAUGACCUUAGUUUUCCCCUAGAACCCCUCGAUAAAGAACGCGCCAUGAAAUUAGAGGCCAUGUCUUCAACAUGGGAAGAUAACUUCAAGAUGUUGUCGAAGCCAAAACUUGCUAGAUCUAACAGUCUCGAUGGUGUCACACACAGUCACAGAUCCAGUAUAGCUAUAUUGUCAUGACGACUGUGUCACAUGACUGGGUCAUGUGAUCCAACAUGGCUGACUUUGAUUGCAUGGAAACAUAUAAAUGCUGCUGUAAUUUUAGUUUAAGAUGUAUCAAUUCUAUAAAUAGAUUCUAUAAAUAGAUGCAAGCCGCUUAAUGUAUAAAGCUGUAAAGGUACAAAGAAUAUGAUUAUGCCCCCAUUUCGAAGAAAAGGGGGUAUAUUGCUUUGCACUUGUCGGUCCGUCGGUCCGUCGGUCCGUAGACCAAAUGGUUUCCGAGUGAUAACUAAAGAACCCUUAGGCCUAGGAACUUCAAACUUGGUAUGGUGAUUGGUCAUGACCAGUAGAUGACCCCUAUUGAUUUUGGGGUCAAAGGUCAAGGUCACAUUGACCUUGUAAGCAAAAACGGUUUCCGAUCAAUAACUAAAGAACCUUAAGGCCUAGGAACUUCAAACUUGGUAUGGUGAUUGGUCAUGACCAGUAGAUGACCCCUAUUGAUUUUGGGGUCAAGGGGUCAAAGGUCAAGGUCACAUUGACCUUGUAAGCAAAAACGGUUUCCGAUCAAUAACUAAAGAACCUUAAGGCCUAGGAACUUCAAACUUGGUAUGGUGAUUGGUCAUGACCAGUAGAUGACCCCUAUUGAUUUUGGGGUCAAGGGGUCAAAGGUCAAGGUCACAUUGACCUUGUAAGCAAAAACGGUUUCCGAUCAAUAACUAAAGAACCUUAAGGCCUAGGAACUUCAAACUUGGUAUGGUGAUUGGUCAUGACCAGUAGAUGACCCCUAUUGAUUUUGGGGUCAAAGGUCAAGGUCACAUUGACCUUGUAAGCAAAAACGGUUUCCGAUCAAUAACUAAAGAACCUUAAGGCCUAGGAACUUCAAACUUGGUAUGGUGAUUGGUCAUGACCAGUAGAUGACCCCUAUUGAUUUUGGGGUCAAGGGGUCAAAGGUCAAGGUCACAUUGACCUCUUUGGUAAAAACGAUUUCCGAUCAAUAACAAAAGAACCAAAGAACCCUUAGGCCUAGGAACUUCAAACUUAGUAUGGUGAUUGGUCAUGACCAGCAGAUGACCCCUAUUGAUUUUUGGGUUAAUGGGUCAAAGGUCAAGGUCAUAUUGACUUUGUAGGUAAAAACGGUUUCCGAUCAAUUACGAAUGAACCCUUAGGCCUAGGGACUUCAAACUUGAUAUUGUGAUUGGUCAUGAUCAGUAGAUGACCCCUAUUGAUUUUGGGGUCAAGGGGUCAAAGGUCAAGGUCACAUUGACCUCUUAGGUAAAAACGAUUUCCGAUCAAUAACUAAAGAACCCUUAGGCCUAGGAACUUCAAACUUGGUAUGAUGAUUGGUCAGUAGAUGACCCCUUUGAUAUUGAGGUUAAGGGUCAAAGGGCAAGGUCACAUUGACCUUGUAGGUAAAAAUGCUUUCAAAUCAAUAACUUAAGAACCCUUUGGCCUUGGAACUUCAAACAUGGUAUGGUUAUUGGUCAUGACCAGCAGAUGACCUAUUGAUUUUGGGGUCAAGGGGUCAAAGGUCAAGGUCACAUUGGCCUUGUAUGUUAAAACAGUUUCCGAUCAAUUAACUUAAAAAACUUAGGCCUAGGAACUUCAAACUUUGUAUGAUGAUUGGUCGUGACCAUCAGAUGACCCCUAUUGGAUUUUGGGGUUAAGGGGUCAAAGGUUAAGGUCAUGACCAGUUAUACUUGAUAACCCUUAUUAAUUGUUUGAUCACUGGGUCAGAAGUCAUGCAUAAUAACCUUAUCACAUGACUUAUUGGCUGCUGAUAGGGGGCAUACAUGUUUUACAAACAUAUCUUGUUUUAAA